AGCUUUUUGUUGUAUGUAUGUAUGUAUGUAUAUAUGGUGAAAAUUGUUUGAAAAAUGAUUUAAUACUGAAAAAUUUAUGAUGAAAUAUAGAGAUAUAAGAGGCAGGUUUUUGACGUUGGGAGGGACCAAUGGAUCUAGGAUUAGGAGAUUCUUUCAGUAUGUUUUUAUUUGUAAAAGCUAGGUUCAGCUAUAACCUAAUGGGAUUGACCACAGUGGAUUGUGGAAUGUAACAUCAGGAAAACUUUACCUCCACUAUUAGGGAUUUUAAUAUCAAAAGGGGAACGAUUAAGGUAAUAACCGCUACCACCCUCCCUCCCAACCUGAUGUGGCAAAGGGUGGCUGUUUGGAAUUAGAGUGUGUUUGGUUAUGCGUUUGAUAAAAUUGAUCGUAAGUGAAUUGAUUUUUUAAAAUUGAUUCGUGAUUAAAGUGAGUCGAAGGUAAAGUGAUUUAAAUUUGGAUAAAUUUUUGCAUAAGUGAGCUGAACAGUAAAUUUAAGUGUAAACAAUCACUUUUAGAAUCAAAAGCUACAGCUUCAAUUCUAAGUACUCAAACUGUGAAACCAAACAUACACAUACACUUAGUGAAUUAUUACAGUUUUUUCCUUUAUUAGCCUAACCUAGUAAUUUGGUGAUAUAAUGUUGAAUUAAGCAAUGCACUUUACUUUGAAAGCUUCUUAAGUGGAGGUUAUUUUCUUAUUUUAUUAUGAAAGCCGUAUAAGAAAUCUUCUCAUAUUGAUAGAAGGAAAAAGUCUAAUACUUGAAUGACAAGCAGAAGUUGAGUGCCAGGUUGGAUUAGCUUACUUUUGGCGAAAUAUCAUAUUUCUUUUCUAGAUAAACUAGCUUUCUGUGGGUGUUUUUGAAAAGAAAAGCUACUAUUUUCCAAAGCUAAGAAGUAAUGCUUACCAUAUACGCUGAUCCUUGUUUGAAUAUAAUACAAAUACCUUUCUAGGUCUGCUUCAAAGUUUAUAAUUUUACUGGAAAACCAAAGGACGCAUCACAAUGAAGGCAUUGAUUCUGGUUGGAGGUUUUGGAACAAGGUUGAGGCCAUUGACACUCAGUGUUCCCAAGCCUCUUGUUGAUUUUGCUAACAAGCCUAUGAUUCUGCACCAGAUAGAGGCUCUUAAGGACAUUGGAGUUACGGAAGUGGUGUUGGCUAUCAAUUACCAACCAGAGGUGAUGUUGAAUUUCUUGAAGGAUUUUGAGGAAAAGCUCGACAUCAAAAUCACUUGCUCUCAAGAAACUGAACCAUUGGGGACCGCAGGUCCCUUGGCUCUAGCCAGAGAUAAGCUGAUAGAUGGUUCUGGUGAGCCUUUUUUUGUUCUCAACAGUGAUGUUAUCAGUGAGUAUCCGCUUAAAGAAAUGAUAAAAUUCCACCAUUCCCAUGGAGGGGAGGCUUCCAUUAUGGUGACAAAGGUUGAUGAGCCAUCAAAAUAUGGUGUGGUUGUGAUGGAAGAGACCACUGGCCAGGUUGAGAAAUUUGUGGAGAAACCAAAGUUAUUUGUUGGUAACAAAAUCAAUGCUGGAAUAUACCUAUUGAACCCCUCAGUUUUGGAUCAUAUUGAACUGAGACCCACUUCUAUCGAGAAAGAGGUUUUUCCAAAGAUUGCAGCAAACAAAAAGCUAUAUGCAAUGGUUCUACCAGGAUUCUGGAUGGACAUUGGACAGCCAAGGGACUAUAUCACAGGCCUGAGACUCUACCUGGACUCACUGAGGAAAAAUACUUCUUCCAAGUUGGCCAGUGGCCCUCUCAUUUUGGGGAAUGUAAUUGUGCACGAGACAGCCACAAUUGGUGAGGGAUGUCUCAUUGGACCUGAUGUAGCAAUUGGCCCUGGCUGUAUUAUUGAGUCAGGUGUCAGGCUUUCAAGCUGCACUGUAAUGCGAGGAGUUCGGAUUAAGAAGCAUGCUUGCAUAUCCAACAGCAUCAUUGGAUGGCAUUCCACUGUCGGGCAAUGGGCUCGUGUGGAGAAUAUGACUAUCCUUGGAGAAGAUGUCCAUGUGUGUGAUGAGGUUUACAGCAAUGGUGGUGUGGUUUUACCCCACAAGGAAAUCAAAACAAGCAUUCUGAAUCCAGAGAUAGUCAUGUGAGGCUUCUGCCAUCCAAAUUCUUAGCAUUUCAUGCACUUAGGAGGUAGUAGGUUCUCGAGUUUGAAAUGAAAUAUGUGUUCGUUUCAUACUAUUUGCUUUUAUUAUUAAUCACAAUGCUCUUUCUUGCAUAUUGUACAAGUCAGUUUCAUAUAGAAUGAGUGAUGCCAUAAUUCAUACUUGAAAGGUCUGUCCAUGUAAAAGGGCAUAAGUUUGGCAUUUUGUUCGAAAGUUGUUUUACUUUUGGUGUUAUGUACAGAAGUUUUUCUAAUUAUUUGAGGGUUGCAAAA